GAGUCUUGUCCAAAGGCCGGAUCCGUUGCCCCUGGCAUGGGGCUUGCUUCAACAUCGGCACUGGCGAUAUCGAAGACUUCCCAGGGCUGGAUAGUCUCCCCAAAUUCCAGGUGAAAAUUGAGAAGGAAAAAGUGUACAUCCGAGCAAGCAAACAGGCUCUUCAAGCCCAGAAGCGGACGAAGGUGAUGGCGAAAUGCAUCUCGCUGAGCAACUACAGCAUCAGUAGCACCAAUGUGCUCAUCAUUGGGGCAGGUCCUGCUGGGCUGGUAUGUGCAGAGACUCUCCGCCAAGAGGGCUUCUCGGACAGGAUUGUGAUGUGUACAAUCGAUCGACAUUUGCCCUACGACAGGCCCAAACUGAGCAAGUCAAUGGAUUCCCACGCUGACCAGAUCGCUCUGCGUCCAAAAGAAUUCUUCCGCACGAACGACAUUGAGGUCCUGACUGAAAUGCAGGUGGUGGCGGUGGAUGUCAAGAACAAGACGGCCAUUUUCAAGGAUGGGUUUAAGAUGGAGUACAACAAGCUGCUGCUGGCAACAGGGAACACACCCAAAACGCUCAGCUGCAAAGGCAAGGAAGUGGAGAACGUCUUCACCAUCUGUGCUGUGGAAGAUGCCAACCGGGUGGUCAAAGUGGCCACUGGCAAAAACGCCGUGGUGGUGGGAGCCUCUUUCCUGGCUGAAGGAGGUAGUGCUGAAGAGUGGCAAGGUACUCCGGGCAGAUGUCUGCGUGAUCGGCAUAGGAGCCACUCCAGCCACUGGCUUUUUGAAGCAGAGUGGCGUCCAUCUGGACUCCAAAGGUUACAUCGUGGUGAACAAGAUGAUGCAGACCAACGUUCCAGGAGUUUUUGCUGCAGGCGACGCGGUGGCCUUUCCUUUGGCACUGAGGAACCACAAGAAGACCAACGUUCCCCACUGGCAGAUGGCUCACAUGCACGGGCGCAUAGCAGCACUGAACAUGCUGGCCUAUGGGACCGAAAUCAGCACCGUCCCUUACCUGUGGACAGCCAUGUUUGGCAAGAGCAUUCGCUAUGCAGGUCAUGGAGAAGGAUUUGAUGAUGUGAUUAUUCGGGGAGACCUAGACGAACUUAAAUUUGUAGCCUUUUACACUAAGAGCGAUGAAGUGCUGGCCGUGGCCAGCAUGAACUACGACCCGCUGGUCUCCAAGGUGGCCGACGUCAUGGGCUCUGGCAGGACUAUCCGCAAGCGAGACGUGGAAACUGGCGACAUGUCCUGGCUGACGGGGAAAGGCUCUUAAGAGGUGGGGAUCCUGUGUCUGGUUCCCUUUCAGGGACCUUCCUCCAGGUGUGACAAGCCCGACCUUCCCCUGAGACUCUUCUCCCAGCUGUCCCUUUGUCUCAAGGAUCUCUCUGGAGAGCAUCGGAGGUGGACUUGCCCUUGACCUGCUGUGAGACAGUUGUAGCAGCUCCCAGGGCGGGGCUGAAGGAAGGAACAGUGGGACCGCCGGGCUGGAAUGCUGUCCAUGGACGGGGCAGGAGAAGGAAGGGAUAUACAAAAGUGGCGGGCACCUUUUGCAGGCUGGCACAAACUGCUAAGCCUGCCAUGGGAGAGGGCUCAGCUUCCUCAGGAUGCUGCCUGGCACCACCCUUCCCUUCUCCCAAGUCAAGCCCAUCCCCACUUCUCCUGCAGUGCCAUGUGCCAAAAUGUCUCCUUGCAUCAUAUGGAGGGAGGCAGAAGACGGAAAAGGCCCUGGGACACUGGGAAACCAUAACGUGGCCUGAGCAGCUUGUUCCUUGUUCCUCUGGGCUGAACCUCCCUUGAUCUACUGGGAUGACUGGAAUCUGCUUAUUCUUCCCUGGGUCCAUCUCGCCCCACUUUUUUGGGUGGGGGGGCAAUGCACUUUAUAGAUUCCAGACCAAGUUUCUUCUUCAGGAAUGCUGCAGAAUUCCUAUCUCGGAUUACUGAAUGACUAGGGAAGGAUUGUCUUCUUGGCUAUUAAUUGAAAGUACGUUGGCCUUUUCAUUAAAUCAAGCUUAAUUUUUGUUCUCUUCCUUCCCCCUUUAUUGGAAUGCAACCUCUUAGUCUGGAAAGGCCAAAACCAACCCCAGGCAGAAAAUGUUCUCUCUCUUUUUCCCCUCCCAGUGUGAUUGAUUCAUAAAUCUACAUGGGGGGAAACUGAGUCAUCCUGGUCACACUCAGACUAGUGAAAUCGUCACUGGGUUUGACGUGUGAGGCACAGCUUCAUGGGGCCACUCUCUUUAGUUUUUAUGCUACAGUUAAUCCUCGACUUACAACCAUUCAUUUAGCGACUGUUCAAAGCUCCAACGGCCCUGAAAAAAAGCAACUGGCAACAAGUCCUUGCACUUACAACCAUCGCAACGUUCAUUGUAUUCAAAAUUGCAUGCUUAGUAACCAGCAUGUAUUUUCGAGGGUUGCAGAGUCCCAGGGUCGUGUGUUCACCAUUUGCGACGUUCCCAGCAGACUUCCAACACCCAGAGUCAAGGGGGAAACCAGUUUCACUUAAUGACCAUGUGAUUCACUUAACUGCAGUGAUUCAUUUAACAACGGUGGGAAAAAAGGUCAUAGAAUUGGGUGAAAAUCACCGUAGCAACAGAAAUGCUGGUCCCAAUUGUGGUCGGAAUUUGAGGACUACCUGUACACCCUUUGGAACACCCCCCCCUGUGGCUCCCCAUCCCAGGUG